CGACUGGUGGCAUAUUUGUGGCAUUUUGAUUUGAUGGAGAAUGGGAAAAAAUUGAAAGAAAAUGGUGAAAACAGAAAGUUGCGUCCUGUGUUACACCAGCAAAUCAAAAUGGUUUUUGGAUAUUUUCUGCGAAGAGAGCCAGUCAAUGGACAUGGCCAGCAUUAUUUCGAAACAUCUGUGGUUCGAUCUGAAGCCAUCCGCCCAGUGUUAUGUCUGUGCCGAAUGUUGGAAAAAUGUUUACGAUUUUCAUCUGUUUUACUGUAAACUAGAGAAAAUUCAUCUUGAAACAAAUGAACUAGAUUCCAAGACGGUCGAGAUCAGUGUACAACCCGAUUUCGAGUUUCACCCAAUUGAUGAAGUCAAACUAGAACCUCCGGAUGACUUUGAGCCUUCUCCCGAGGAAUCGAAUCUUCCGGAGAAACCUGCCGAUACAACGAUCGAAGAUGCAGAACCGUCAACAUCAGCAGCAGUGAUACGACCGAAAAGAAGUGCUUCCACACCCAUUACUUACAAAGCUGAAUUGUCCGAUUCGGAUCCGGAAGAAAUAGACGCCGAUGACUUCCUGGCAAAUGAUGGUUUCGAUUUCGACGAUGAUGAUGAUGAUGAGGACUACGUGGAAACUGUUAAAGAAACGAAAGCAAAAGAACUGGCGGAGACACCUAAAAUCGUAAAGCGCAGAGGAAGACCGCCGAAACAUUCAGCUCUCAAAAAAGAACCUGAUACGGAAGUGGAAAUUGAUAAAAAUGCAUCGGACAUAGGCGAGACCUCGAAAGUGCUUGAAAAAAAGGGCAAAAGAAAGAAGCGUAAGAAAAUCACCAGAGAAUCCAGUGAUGAGAGCUCCAACUCGGACGCUUCCGAUGACGUAGACAAGCGUAAAUUAGGAGGAAGGCGAGCACGAGACGAACGGUUGUUCAAGUACAUUGAAGAGUUCGUUUGCUACUUGUGUCCGGAUAGAAUAGAAUUUGAUCGUUUUCAUCAUGCUAACAUGCACUACAAGGAACUGCACAACGAACCGGCUUAUUUGAAGUGUAUGAAAUGCGAAAGGAAGUGCUUCACUCCGGGUGGAUUCAUCAACCAUAUGGAAACCCACGACGAUCCGGAUAAAAACAAAUGCAAAAUAUGUGGUAAGGUCACGGAUCAGAAGAUCACUCUCAAGAAGCACAUGCGAGCCCAUCGUAUCCAGAUGGAAGAAGCUAUGCAAUUUGGAUGCGAACUUUGUACGCGCCGGUUUGACAACGAGAAAGCUAGAAAUAAGCACGAACGGCUGCAUGGACGGAAAAAGACAGUGGUAAAGAAAGAGAAGGGCCGCGAUGAAGAAUUGCUUGCAUUCUUCAAGGUAAUCUCGUGUGAUAUAUGCGAUACAGAGAAGGGCGAAAGUCGCUCGUACGAGAAUUUCUGGGAUCUGAAAAAUCACAUCAUCGCCGAGCACAACAAGACACCCUAUCUGAAGUGUCCCAUAUGCUCCAAGAAGAAUGUAUGUCGCCAGCAGCUGAUUGUACACAUAGAUGUCCACGAGAAUCCGGAUCGUUACAGGUGCGACGUAUGCGGUGAGGUAAACCAAUUUCUCGAGAGACACAAAUUUAAAGUACAUGGAAAUCGUGAACCAGAAAGUAACGAAAAGAACUACGGCUGCGAGCACUGUGGCAAAAUGUUCCGUUGUGAAACAAAUCUUAAGAAUCACAUUGACCGCGUGCAUGGCGUGAAGGAUGUAAUAUGCGAGAUCUGUAAUAAACCGUUCAGCAAGAAGGCAAUCAGUGCUCACAAGCGCUCGGCUCACACCGAUCUGAUGUUUAUGUGUGAGCAGUGCCCGAAAAUGUUUAAAACUCGUAGUGGUUUAGAAUCGCACAAGGGCGAGCACGAUGCUGAACUGCGCAAGCCAGUCAAGUGCGAACUAUGUGGCAAGGAGAUGCGCCGAGGUGCCAGUUUGGCCAAACAUAUGAAGGUGAUCCACACGGUUGGAGAUCCCGUCAACUGUAACUUGUGCGGCAAGCAGUUCCGUACGAAGUUCCAUAUGAUGCGUCAUCGCACCAAUACUUGCUCGGCGACUAUCGACUCCAGGCCGUUCAAAUGUGAGGUUUGCGGAAAGGGAUUCUCCAUGCGUCUCACAAUGACAGAACACAUGACAACGCACACAAGGACAAGCCUUUACCAGUGUGCGUUCUGUUUCAAAACAUUCGGAUACAUAUCCAACUUGUACAAGCAUCGCAAAAAGGCACAUCCAGAAGAAUGGCAAGAGGUGCAAGCACGGCCGGACCAAGGGAUUGCCACCUUUAUUGAGAUGAGGAAUUAGAAACUUAAAAUGCGGAAGUAAACUGUUGAACGCUGUGGAAGUGUUCAGGUAUUUUUUUUUAAUUACAAAUCAUUGUAGCAGUGGGUAGCUGCCUGCUUGCUUUGACAGUACUUUUAGAUUU